AUUUCUCAGAUCCUUCGCGUGGAGCUAAGUGAGAAUAGGUCAUUGCCUUCUCACAGGUGACAACGGACAAGCGACUCAGAGUAAUAUCCUGCAAGGUUAGUCAAUACGAGAACACGUUAAUAAUGCCUUGGGACUUGAUCCCCUUGAACUCCGGAUAUAGCAUUCCGAGCCUCGCAUAUGGGACUGGAACGCUAGGAAGUGGCCAGUGGCCAAUAGAUCAGCUCACACAGGCCUUCGAUACAGGAUUCUAUCAUAUUGAUACCGCUCAGCUUUACGGAAAUGAGGCCGAGGUUGGCAUCACCAUCGGCCAACUUGGGCUAGAGCGCUCCGACGUAUUCAUCACAACAAAGUUCUCUGGCUCCAAUGGACUCGAUAUCCCGACUUCAAUUCGAAAUAGUCUGGAAUACUUGAACACUUCUUACGUCGAUCUGUACCUCAUUCAUAACCCGGAUAUAGCUGUGCCAGACAUACCAACUGUUUGGUCUCAAAUGGAAAAAGUCCAAGAAGCAGGUCUCGCCAGGAGCAUUGGCGUGAGCAACUUCAAUGAGAAGCAGCUAGAGAUUCUGCUGUCGUCCGCAAAGAUCAAGCCAGCUGCUAAUCAAAUUUACCUGCAUCCCUACAAUUACCAGCAACAAUCUCCCACUUUGGAGUACGCCGCUACAUACGAUAUCGUGAUCGAGGCAUACGGUGCUUUAACGCCUGUCACAAGCGAGCCAGGAGGUCCAGUGGACGCCCCUUUAAACGAGAUCGCUACGAGGCUUAGAGCUACUACUGACCAGGUGCUCCUUGCAUGGAUCAAGGCAAAAGGUGCAGUCGUGGUGACUACCAGCUCUAAAAAAGCGCGUCUUCUAAGUUACCUCUCCGCUGGAAAUCUUGAACUAUCUGCAGAGGACGUCAAGAGAAUUGAUAUUGCGGGCGCUAUCGGUGAGAAAGGAAUCACGGUCAGACAUGGGCUGCGUAAACUCGGGGUGGGCGUUUUGUUUGGGAUUCUGAUCUUGGUUGCCUGCAGCUAUUUCAAAGGUCGAGGCAAGCGGAGCAACGUUGUAGAGGUGCUGGAGAGAAAUUGACCAUCAUGAUAUAUGUAAGAUCAGUAUAUAUUUAUGUCUUUUCUCCUACCCGAUGAAGGUCGCCUUCGGAUCCCCUCCGCUGCAAUAAGCAUCGCGAUCGCGAUGACGGCCAUUGUAUGAAC